ACUCCUCUUCACCCUCUUCUAUGUAGUCUCUCAUAGUCAUACUCCUAAGAGAUUUAACCUCCAACUUCAGUCACGAACUCAACAAAACCCAAAACGACACUGAAGAAAUCUCCAAAGGAAUGAGAAACAUCUUCAAAUCUUCAUCCCCUUCACCCUCUUCACCUCUAUCUUCCCUAUGCAUGCCGCCUUCCUCCCCUCUCCCAACCUUCUCCCUCUCGUUGAUGGAAGAAAACAUUGAGACCGCUCGCUCCCUCAUCGCCAAAUGGGACUCUAACCAAUCUCCCUUCGCCGAGAUCGCCCCUCUUUUCUCCGGCAACCGCCAAGAAGCCAAACACUACCUUAACGCCGUCAAGGGCCUGCAAUCCGCCAUGCGGUAUCUCGUCACGCAGGAUUCCAACUCCCCCUGGCUCGUUCAGGCUCAACUCUUGAUGCAGAUUGCAUUGAAGAGGCUCAAGAAGGAGUUCUAUCAGAUACUGUCCUCCAACAGGGAUCAUUUGGAUCCUGAGUCCGUUUCUAGUCGCUCCUCCACCGAUCAGAGAACCAGCGUUUCCGAUUUUGACGAUGAUUUCUCAGAGGAUGAGUGCCGUUCUGUCACGGAUAAUUCCAUUUACGAGACAGAGAGAGUUUCCAUGAUUGCCAUGGAGGAUUUGAAAGCCAUUGCGGAAUGCAUGAUUUCCGCUGGUUACGGAAAAGAGUGCGUCAAGAUUUACACCCUCAUGAGAAAAUCGAUCGUGGACGAGGCUAUGUACCAUCUUGGAGUGGAGAGGCUGACCUUCUCUCAGGUCCAGAAAAUGGAUUGGGAGGUCAUUGAGUUGAAGAUUAAGUUCUGGUUGAAAGCCAUCAAAGUCGCUGUCACAACUCUGUUUUACGGAGAGAGAAUUCUCUGCGAUCACAUAUUUGCCUCGUCAGAGAGAAUCGUCGAGUCCUGUUACGCUGAGAUUUGCAGGGAGGCUGCUAUGUCUUUGUUUGGAUUCCCUGAACUCGUGGCAAAAUGCAAGAAAACGCCCGAGAAAAUGUUUAAGACUCUUGACUUGUAUGAAGCAAUCUUCCAUAGCUGGCCACAAAUCGAGUCCAUCUUCUCCUUCGAUUCAACCUCCUCCAUCCGAUUACAGGCUGUCAAUUCCAUGGUCAAGCUCGGUGAAGCUGUUCGGACAAUGCUUUCUGACUUCGAAUCGGCGAUUCAGAAGGACAACUCUAAGACGCCGGUUCCAGGUGGAGGAAUCCACCCACUCACGCGUUACGUGAUGAACUACAUCGCAUUCCUCGCCGAUUACUGUGGUAUACUCGCCGACAUAGUCGUCGAUUGGCCACUAACGUUAAAAUCUCCGUUACCAGAGUCCUACUUCCUAAGUUCGGGUGACGACAAGAGCCCGUCGUCGGAAAUAAAGGUCCGGCUUGCUUGGCUGAUACUCGUUGUCCUCUGUAAACUCGAUGGGAAAGCCGAGCUAUACAAGGACGUUGCACUUUCCUACCUCUUCCUCGCCAAUAACCUCCAAUACGUUGUCAGUAAGGUGCGCGCGUCUAAUCUCAGCUUCCUUCUCGGCGAGGAUUGGUUGAUGAAACACGAAUCGAAGGUCAAAGAGUAUGUAUCCAAGUACGAGCGCAUGGGUUGGAACAAGGUGUUUUCGUCACUGCCAGAAAAUCCAACGGCGCAGAUGGCAGCGGAGCAAGUGAGGGUGUGCUUCAGGAAUUUCAACGCCGAAUUCAGCGAGACGUGCGUGAAACAAUCCUCGUGGAUCGUAUCGGACCCCAAGCUGCAAGACGAAAUUAAAGCGUCGAUAUCGUCGAAGCUUUUACCGAGAUACGGGGAAUUCUAUGAGAAGCACAGGGUGGGGUUGACGAGAGCACUCGGGUCGAAUUCGGUUGUGAGGUUUUCACCCGAGGAUUUGGCGGGAUACCUGUCAGACAUUUUGUGUGGGAUAGGAGAUUCAGGCAGCGCGUCGUCGUCUUCCCAUCGCUCCAAUCGCUCUUGAAGUUGGAGCAAUUCCGGCUAAAGAUAACGGCCGCAAAAUAAUACGAUAAUACGAUAACGUCAAUAUAUACAAAUAUAAAUGGAAAUGACAAAAGCAUACUGUAUAGGAUUUUAGGAGAAAGGAAGGGAAUGGAAUCCUCUGUAGAGAAUUGGUAAACUGAAAGUUGGGAGCCAUUGUAUCCUGGUAAAUAGCAGACCAUGGAAAUGAGUAUUUUGUUCAUGGAUAUACAUGUCGAUUCAUUUCGUGCAAAGGAGCGACGGAGAAAUUAAUGGUAGUUGCGAGCUUGAACGAUUAAACAA